CAGAUGAGCUAAAGGAGCGUCGGAAGAUCAUGGUAAAAGCAAGCUAGACGUUCAAACGAGGAUGACAAUCACACCACAUGCAAUGGACAUCAAUGAAGACAAGCGACCAAGAAGUAUGGUCGUUUCCAAAAUGGAGAACAUUAUCAAAAGCAUGCAGCAUCCAGAGACUGGAAUACCUGUUCGCAGCCAGAAAAUGUUCCUCACGACAAUACCAUGUGCUUUUACAGGCUAUGAUCUUUGUGACUGGUUAAUGGACCAUCUGGACAUUGAAGAUUCUCCUGAAGCUUUGCACCUUGCUAAUCUCCUAUGUCAACAUGGCUACUUCUUCCCCAUAACAGAUGUAAAAAACCUCUCUGUGAAGGAUGAUGGAUCAUUUUACCGUUUUCAGAGCCCAUGUUACUGGCCAUCACAUAAUCCAGACCCUGACAAUGUGGACUAUGCCAUUUACCUGGCAAAGAGAACAAUGCGCAAUAAGCAGAAACAUGGCUUGGAAGAAUAUGAGCAGGCAUCAUUCAAUAAGCUACAGAAAAUGCUAUGUGAUAAAUGGGAGUUCAUCUUUAUGCAAGCAGAGGAACAAGUCAGACUGGCGAAGGAUCGUAAAAAAGGUGAGCGUGUUGUCGUGGACAGUCAGGAGAGAGCAUUCUGGAGAGUCCACCGACCCCCGCCUGGUCAGAUCAAACAUCUACAGCAAGCCCCUCAGAGGAACAUUCAGCCUAGUCAAAUGGCAGCCCGUAGGAAGAAAAACAUCGAUUUGCUAAGGAGAGAGUUGGCAUAUCUAUCUUUGUCUAUGGCCAGACCACGCCUGAAGGUUUCCAAGGCAGUUGAAAGUUUUAAUGUGCGUUUUGAGAUGUACAAAGAGCAUGACCCUGCCCUGUCGCAGCCUCAGCCAUCCAAUCCAUGGAUCACGGAUGAUGUCACAUUCUGGGAGCUAGAGGCGGAUCUGAUUGAGUUCCCGACAGAGCGGCGGGUCAAGCGCUGGGCGUUUGGAUUUUAUGACCUGAUGAGCGACCCGCGAGGGAGGAUAGAGUUUGAGCAGUUUCUACAGAAGGAAUACAGUCAGGAGAAUAUUCGCUUCUGGAAGGCCUGCGAGCAGAUGAAGAUAACCAGCCUAUCUAAAGUGCCUCACCUAGCUGACAAGAUCUACAAGGAGUUUCUGGCAGCAGGUGCCCCCUGUGAGGUGAACAUAGACUGUCGUACCAUGGACAAAGUCCUAGAGAAUCUGAAGAAGCCCAGCAGGUACACAUUUGAGGCUGCACAACAUCACAUCUACAUGCUGAUGAAGAAAGACAGUUACUCCAGAUUUCUCCGAUCAGAAGACUACAAGAAUUUGUUAGCCUGUGCACAUAACCCUGGAGGGAAGAAAAAGUUCUUCCACUUUGGUUCUCGAAGAAAACCAUCACCUACACUAAAGAUUCGUCGGCGAAAUAGCAUCAGCAGUGACACUAACUCUCAAGUGGCCGAGUCAGUGGCAGGGCAGCAUUCCUACAGCACAGGUAACCUGAGGGAACUAGAGAUGAAGGCCCCACCAUGCAGGCACAGUGUGAAUGGGUCAGAUUCCAGUAUCAGCAAAAGUGACGUGUCCCCAACAAGUGUAAGAAAGAAACUGGACAAGUUAAAGGGAGAGAGCCCAUCUAAGAGGACUCUGGAAGUGCCCACCCCAUACCCAGUACAGAACCAGGAGCUGCCACAUAACGAUGACACCAAGUCUGUGGCCAUCACGGUCCCCACCAAGCUCAAUGCUGUCGCUCCCUGGGAGGCUUAACUAGCUAUCACCUGAUUCAGCCUGCGAUACACUAGCCUGAGACCACCUGUACCUAUGUUAGCUAAAUCUGAAAAUCUAAAAGAAAUGGGAUAAUUGCUGGUAGUCUUGGUAAAAAGUGAACAAUAGUUCAUCUAGGAGAUCUGUAAAUUUUGUGUAGAUACAGCUUUAAGUACGGCCCAGACAUGAUGACGAGUGUAGGUCAAGGUCUGUCGCCACAGUCUUGGUCGUCUAUAUAUUUCAAGAUCUGCAUUUAGGUCAAGGUUUGUAGGUUCAGCCGAGAUCACAUAUAGGCCAAGAUUUGUAGGUACACCCCGGGUCAUAUGUAGGUCAGGGUCUGUAGAUACAGCCCAGGUCACAUAUAGGUCAGGGUCUGUAGGUACACCCCAGGUCAUAUGUAGGUCAGGGACUGUAGAUACAGCCCAGGUCACAUAAAGGUCAAGGCGAGAUGAAAUUCUGUAAGUACGCAUGUACAGCUUCUGAUCAGUCCACCUCAUUUCUAUUGUAUUGAUGAGUGUACUGAUAAUGUUAUAGAUAAUAUGGUACCGGAACACCUGUGAUUGUAAGAUGGUGUUAGUACAUUUUAUAUGCACCGAAAAUUUCAGUUACGAUGCACUGACCUGGUGACUACUGUAGCUGUUAGGAGAUAAGGUAUGUAGCGCUUGAAGGUGUGUAUCUGGUGCGUGUGCAGGUGUUCACAUAGACCACGUGUCUGUUAUAUAGAGAGAUUUAGAUUUGAUAUCAGUCCUGGUGAAUAGCCUCAGCCAGCCUGACACCAAGACUCUAAAGCAAUACCUCUCCAUUCCAGCCAGUUUGUUUGACUUACUCUUGUCUUUUGUGUAUUUUCUGGAUUUAUGUGGGUGAGUGGUCAAUCUCAAUCCUUUCAUAGUUCUUGGACAGAGCAGGUGUGGGUUAGAUAGCUCACCUGUGUCAUCCACAUCCUGGGUAGUUCUGAGAUCUUCAUAAUCUGGACAUGAUACAUGUAGGUGUGGGGUAGAUCUAAGUGAACUCACCUGUGUCAUCUGUAUCCAGGGUAACUGUGAGAUCUUUAUUACCUUGACAUAACAGGUUUGGGGUAGAUCUCAGGUAACUCACCUGUGUCAUCCACACUCAGGAUAACUUCGAGAUCUUUAUUACCUGCACAGGACAGGUGA